CAGUCCAUAGGGUUACAAAGAUUAGCACAUGAUUGAGCACACACCUCUGUAAUAAAGUAGUUUGCUAAGGAUGUGACUGCCUGGUUGCUCCCUGACUCACUAGAACCCUGGAGGGAGAUGGAGCCAGAGGUUGAGCCCAGAGAGGUGUAAGUGCCUUGGCAAAGCCAGAACUAGAAUCAGGUCUCCCAUGCCUGUUGUAUUGGUUUACUGCCAUUCAUUGGAUCAUCCUGGGAUAUCUCCUGUCUUCCAGGACUGAGUCUCUGAAUCCCUGGGAUGUGCUGUGCUAUUUCCCAAUAGUCACUCAUAGCAGGCUCCCUGGGGGUGCUCAGGGUAGGCUUGCUGACCACACCAUGGUUCAGAGUGACCCACAGGGAAGUGAGAGUGCUCAGGAGGAAACAGUAGGUGAGAAUUACUGUUUGUGGCCACCUGCUAUGUCCAAAGGACUGUGCUUGCCGGGUCCAUGUUCUCCAUUGUGGGAAAACAGGGGUGAGCAGUAUGCGGAGCACUGGGACACCCCCUGGCAGUGGGGAGUGUGUUCUGAGCAGACUGCCCAAGAGCCAGAGAGAGACCUUUGACCACUCAGUCCUCCACCAUCUUGUCCACUCCCUGGAAUGGGCAGCAGUUGAAAUGAGAGCCUCUGCUUACUCUUAUGCCCCCCACCCCCGCCUGUUUUGAGUAGGUCGUGGAAUGCUAUGCUGCUCUCCAUGAGCUGGUUGCCGAGUCUGUCUGCUGCAGCCCUUUAUGAGCCUUCCACUGUCAGGAAGCUCUGCUGUGCUCCUUGCCACGGGAUUGGAAUGAAAACUGACCUUUUCCAGUCCUGUGGCCACUGCUGAGUUAAAAAUAGGAGUAACUGAAGAUUCCUGCUUUGCUGUGAGGGUGCUGUGAAGUAACACCAGGAAGGCCCUCGUGGUAGUGCCCAGCACAUAGUAAAGUCCAAUGAAGUGCGUCUUGGUGGCCACAGAGGGUGCGGAGGUCCUCUUCCACUGGACAGAUGGGGAGUUUGAAGAGAGUCUGCGCCUGAAGUUUGGACAGACAGAGAAUGAGGGAGAAAAGCCUCCCGCCCUGGAGGACCAGCUUAGCACCCUCCUGGCCCCGGUCAUCAUCUCCUCUGUGACCAUGAUGGAGAAGCUCUCGGACACAUACACCUGCUUCUCAACGGAAAAUGGCAAUUACCUGUAUGUCCUUCACCUGUUCGGAGAAUGCCUAUUCAUCGCCAUCAACGGAGACCGCACAGAGGGUGAAGGGGACCUGCGGCAGAAGCUGUGCAUGCUCAAGUACCUGUUUGAGGUGCACUUUGGGUUGGUGACCAUGGAUGGACAGCUCAUCCGAAAGGAGCUGCGGCCCCCGGCCUUGGAGCAGCGUGAGCAGGUGUGGGGGCGCUUCCAGAGCCUGCUGUGGACCUACAGCCGCCUGCGGGACCAGGAGCAGUGCUUCGCCGUAGAGGCCGUGGAGCGGCUGAUCCACCCUCAGCUCUGUAAGCUGUGUAUCGAGGCGCUGGAGCGGCACGUCAUCCAGGCCGUCAACUCCAGCCCCGGGCGGGCCGGCGAGGAGGCCCUGCAUGCCUUCCUGCUCGUGCACUCCAAGUUGCUGGCUUUCUACUCCAGCCACGGUGCUGGCUCCUUGCGCCCAGCCGACCUCCUGGCCCUCAUCCUCCUGGUGCAGGAUCUCUACCCCAGCGAGAGCACAGCGGAGGACAGCGACCCCCAGCCUUCCCCACGGAGGCCCCGCCGCAGCCAGAGCAUCCCCGUGCAGCAGGCCUGGAGCUCUUGUUCUGCAGACCCAACCAGGAAUUCGGGGACCGAGACAGACAGCCUCUCCCCCAUUGAGGAGUACUUCACACCAGCUCCUUCCCCCGGGGAGCAGAGUUCAGGUAGCACCAUCUGGCUGGAUGGGGGCACCCCACCUACUGACUCUCCCCACAUCCAGAUGGCUGAAGACACCCUCCAGACGCUGAUCCCUCCCUCCCCAGGACCCUCUGGCCCCAGAAGGAUUUUCCUGGAUGCCAGCGUGAAAGACAACUACUGCCCCAUGGUGCCACACACCAUGUACUGCCUGCCCUUGUGGCCAGGCAUCAGCUUGGUGCUCCUGACCAAGUGCCCCAACACGCCUCUGGCCCUGGCCCUGUACCAGCUGUUGGAUGGGUUUUCUCAACUGGAGAAGAAGCUAAAGGAGGGGCAAGAGGCUGGGAGCGCCUUGCGGUCAAACCCCAUCAUGGCGGACCUCCGCCAGAGGAUGGACAAGUUUGUCAAGAAUCGAGGGGGCCAAGAACUUCAGAGAACCUGGCUGGAGUUCAAGACCAAGGCCUUCUCCAAAAGUGAGCCCGGCUCAUCCUGGGAUCUGCUCCAUGCGUGCAGGAAGGUGAAGCGGCAGCUAUGUGUUGUCUAUCGGUUCAGCUUCCUGACCAUGACCCCUGGCUGUGGGUGCCCCCACCUGCCCCAGCACCUGCAGGACCAAGUCCAGACGCUCAUGCAGGAAAAGCUGGCGGACUGGAAGGACUUCCUGCUGGUGAAGAGCAGGAGGAACGUCACCAUGGUGUCCUUCCUGGAAGACUUCCCAGGCCUAGUGCAUUUCAUCUACGUGGACCGCACCACUGGUCGGAUGGUGGCCCCUUCCCUCAGCAGCAAUGAAAGGACUUCAUCGGAGCUGGGCAGGGGGCCCCUGGCCACCUUCGUCAGAACCAAGGUCUGGUCUCUGAUCCGACUGGCGCGCAGAUACCUGCAGAAGGGCUACACCACGCUACUGUUCCGCGAGGGGGAUUUCUGCUGCUCCUACUUCCUGUGGUUCGAGAAUGACAUGGGCCACAAACUCCAGAUCAUGGAGGUGCCUGUGCUGUCUGAUGACUCCGCUCCCGUCGGCAUGCUGGGAGGAGACUACUACAGGAAGCUCCUACGGUGUUACAGCAAGGGCCACCCGGCCGAGGCUGUCGGCUGCCAUGAGCUGCUGACCCUCCACCUGUCGGUUGUACCCACGGACGUGCUGGUGCAGCAGGCCGGCGAGCUGGCCCGGCGUCUGGGCGAGGCCUCCCACGUUCCCCUGCUCUAGAACCAGAAGGGCUGCCCUGUGCAUCGGCCUGUGCCCCGGUUCCCCAGGCCUGCCUGGCUCACAGACAGCGCCAUGGCAAGAGCCUCCUCCUGUCCACGGCAGCCCCAGGGAUGGCACUGUCCCCAGGGCAGCCCCAGGAUGUCUUAAAGAAACUCACUUAGAGCCACCUCCAUUGUGGAUAAUGAGCAAACCCCCAAAGCCUGCCUUCUGGAGAAAGAAGAGGGCCAGUCUCCUUAGAGCAGCUGUGAAUGUGGGCUUAGACCCAGGGCCUCCCCACUUUGGGAACCACCUCUGCAUUCACCCCAGGAGACCGACAGGAAGCGCCCAGCUCUUGGAGUGGAGAGAGCGCCUCAGGAAGCUGUCUCCUCCCCACGUGAAAGGUGCUCCCCUGGCUGGGUUGAGCUCUGGCUCUGCUAUGUCCUCGCUGUGGCUCUGGACGGGUGUCCCCCACCUCUGAGCCUGUCUCCCCACACACAGUGUGACUGCGCCCCCGUCAGGACGGUUGUGGGGCUGCAGGACGGGCGGCAGGCAGGCAAUAAAUGCUGGUCACAGUUACUGUUGGGGUCCCAGCCCCUGGCCCGUC